AGAGCGGGAAACAGUGUCAGGGAUUGGGAGUGGUGAAACUAUCUCCCCCUGGAUCGUGGGAAAAGAGACAUUUGCUUACUGAGCAAAACCAUGUGAGAUAAGCCAAACGUCCACAAUGCUGGUUUGACUGGGAGGCAUCAGUGACAUAACAAUGCAAGUGCCUGGCUGCACCUUGACUUCCACAGACCGAAGAUCCCUGAGCAACUCUGGAACUUCACUCCAGCUUUGUUCACUACACCCAUUUCUCGGGUAAAUCCUCUUCGUAAACGUAGAUUUUUUUUCGUAACCACUGCCAAGCUCGAGGAGAGCAUCCUCCUUAUCACCAUCAUCAUGAAGCACAGGACGGUGAUGAUGUACAUGGAGAUAGGCUGCUUUGUGUCGUGUCUGGCUGGCUGGAUUCUGGUGAGCUCCACCCUGGCUAUAGAGUACUGGACCUGGUCUGAGGUGGGCAGCGUGGUGCUCACCACCGGCAACUACUUCUCUAACCUCUGGAAGGACUGUGUCUCAGACUCCACGGGGGUGUCCGACUGCAAAGAGUACCCCUCCAUGCUGGGACUACCAGUCCUCACACUGAUAGGGAUGAAGUGCACCAAGAUUGGAGGGUCAGAGCUGGCCAACGCACGGGUCACCUUCGCAGGGGGAAUCACCUAUCUGGCGUCUGGAUUUGCUGGCCUGAUCGUGUACUCCUGGUGGGGUAACAAAGUAAGAUCAGAGUUUGUGGAUCCCAAUUUCAAGGCACAGAAAUUUGAAAUCGGAGCAGCGGUUUUUAUUGGCUGGGGAGGUUCGAUCUUACUCAUCACCGGUGGUUUCGUACUCAGUUUCUUCUCUGGAAAGGAGGGUCUACGCUCAACAUCGAAGAAAAGGCCCCGCAGACCGAACUCCUAUGCCACAGCUCGGACCAGACGCACAUACACGAUGCCAAACUCUUCCAGAGUGACUCCAAUGCCACAAUUGGUCCAAGGGAGCAGAGGUGGCAGAAAGAUCAGGAAAACAAGGACCACUGGGACGUAUAGCAGGGACGAUUUUGUUUGAGCUGCAGUAGCUCCUGUACCGCAGGAAAUACACUGCUUCAUAUCAUUGGUCGUUAGUUACCAUGAAAACAUUGUGAGAACUGAAUCAAUUUGGUAACUGUCUCGCCACCUACACCUUGUAGAUUCCUUAUGUAUGACUGUUUUACUAACAUAUAACUGUGUUCCUUCUGUGAACUGAAUUGACAUCAAGGAAACGGAUGAAUGUUUUCAUUUGAUAAAAAAAGAAUGUUUAUUACUAGCAUGUAUAAAUAUUUUAGAUACAAAAA